GUGGAGGACAAGCUGCUAAGGACUCUGUUUACAGGCUAUAAUAAACUGGCUCGCCCUGUGCCGAACAUCACCGAUGUGGUACUCGUUCGCUUUGGCCUCUCCAUUGCCCAGCUUAUUGAUGUGGAUGAGAAAAACCAAAUGAUGACCACAAAUGUGUGGGUGAAGCAAGAAUGGAAUGACCACAAGCUUCGCUGGAAACCUGAAGACUAUGACAACAUCACCUCCAUGAGAAUCCCAGCUCACUUCAUAUGGAGGCCAGAUAUAGUGCUCUACAAUAAUGCAGACGGGGACUUUACCGUGACUCACCUGACCAAAGCUCAGCUCUUCCACAACGGCCAGAUCAUCUGGAUCCCACCUGCCAUCUACAAGAGCUCCUGCAGCAUUGACGUCACCUUCUUUCCCUUCGACCAGCAGAACUGUACCAUGAAGUUUGGCUCCUGGACCUAUGACAGGGGCAAAAUCGACCUGGUCACCAUGGGCAGCAAUGUAGACCAGGUGGACUACUGGGAAAGUGGAGAGUGGGCUUUGAUAAGUGCCAUGGGCACCUACAACAUCAAGAAGUACGAAUGCUGCCCUGAAGUGUACGCUGACAUCACCUAUUCCUUCAUUAUUAAGCGGUUGCCUCUCUUCUAUACCAUUAACCUCAUAGUUCCUUGCCUGCUAAUCUCCUGCCUGACCGUCCUGGUUUUCUAUCUGCCAUCUGACAGUGGCGAGAAGGUCACACUCUGCAUCUCUGUGCUCCUCUCGCUCACCGUCUUCCUUCUGCUUAUCACCGAGAUCAUUCCAUCCACCUCAUUGGUCAUUCCGCUCAUUGGCGAAUACCUGCUCUUCACCAUGAUAUUUGUCACUCUUUCCAUCAUCAUCACUGUCUUUGUGCUUAACGUUCAUCACCGAGCCCCACAGACCCACUCAAUGCCUCACUGGGUUCGACAUCUCUUCCUGGAUGUGGUGCCCCGCUUUCUGUUCAUACAGCGCCCCCCAGUGCUCUGCAAGAGCGACCACAAGAAAUCUGUUGAUUUCCAGAGAAGGAAAAGAUUGACAAGCAGCCAGUCCUCUGAGAGGGAUGACAGAGAGGUAGAGCUGGCUUGUUCUGGUUCCCAAGAUGGGCUCUCAGACCCCUGCUUCCAGCACGUCCCAUCUCUGUCCCUGGAGCAACCGUCGUGGGUGCAUCCCUCUCUUGGGCCAUCCUCCAGUCAGUGCACUGUGUUCCUGGAGGAAUCUUCUGUCUUCCCUCCAGACCUUUCUACACCCUCCCCCCGAAAUGCAAAAAACCACCUCAGUCGGGAGAGGGUUCGAAGCCGGGCCAAGGUACGCUCACUCAGCGUGCAGUAUGGUCCCGGAGAGAAGGAGCGUGAUACAGCUCGUCCACAUGUGAUUGACAGUAAAACGCAGCCUGCUCUUGUCUUGUCUCCCUCUGUGAAACAAGCUAUUGAAAGCGUGCAGUACAUUGCGGAUCACUUAAGAGCAGAGCAUGCUGACUUUGCUGUUAAAGAGGAGUGGAAGUAUGUGGCCAUUGUUAUCGAUCGCAUCUUCCUGUGGAUGUUCAUUCUGGUGUGCAUUCUGGGUACUGUAGGGCUUUUCCUUCCUCCCUGGUGGGCUGGAAUGAUAUAG